AUGGCUCUCUCAACCAUCUACGACGCCCUGAUCGUGGGCGGUGGUCCUGCCGGCCUGGCCGCCGCGCUGGGCCUCGCGCGCGUCAACCGCAGCGCCCUCCUCUUCGAUUCAGGCGUGUACCGCAACACCGGCGCAGAGGCGAUGCAUACUUUCCUCACACGCGACGGGACGAACCCGGGCGAAUUCAGACGUCUGGCGCGCGGCCAGCUCGAGGGGAAUCCCAAAUACAGCCAUGUUGCGUUCCGCGACCGACGGGUCAUCACUGUGUCCAAGACGGUGAUUGAAUCGACAACAACAACAACAACAACAACAACACCGGUUCAAUCUCUGAUCAAUGAUGAUAAUACAUGUCCUGCAACGGGGUAUGUUGGGUUCCAGGUCAUGGAUGAGACGAACCAAAUAUAUACCGGACGGAAACUUAUUCUCGCGACGGGGACGGAGGAUGUCCUUCCUUCUAUUGAGGGAUAUUCCGAGAACUGGCCAGAGCAUAUAUAUCAAUGUCCCUUCUGCGAUGGCCUGGAACAAAAGGAAUCCCCGAUUGGCGUCCUCUUCGAAGACGCCUCGUACACCCAUCUAGCCUUCAUGGCGAUCAACUUCAACCCGGCCGUCACAUUAUUCACCAACGGCCCCCUGGCUGCCACUGACCCAGCGGUGCAGAAGGGGGUCAACACCGUGCUGGCCGUGAAGGGGACGAAGCUCGACCAACGCCGCAUCGUGCGGUUCGUGAAUAAUGGCCCGGGACACGAGAACGGGAUCAGCGUCCACUUCGAGGACGGCCCGGCCGUUACCCUGGGGAUGAUUCUGCAUCGGGCCCCGACGAGAAAUAGAGCCCAGGCUCUCUUUGACCAGUUGGGGUUGAACCUCAAGGAUCUCCCCUCGGCGGAAGCUCAGGUCGAUCCUCUCUUCGGCGAGUCCAGUCUUCCCGGUUGUUUCGUGGCGGGGGAUACCAUGGAGGGCAUCAAGCAGGUUGCUUUUGCCCAGGCGUCUGGUGUUCGUGCUGCGUCAGGGGCGAAUUUCCAGCUUAUCAAUGAGGAGAUUGCAAAGAUGAGUAAGUGA